AUGGCGGCCGAGCGGGACGGCUCGGACUCCGACGGGGUGAGCACCAUCGCAACCUUCGAGGAGCGCAUGGAGCAGAGGCUGGACGACAUCAAGGAGUUGAUCAUGCAGGUCCGCGCAGACGUGCUGUUGCGGGCGGAACCCAUCGGCAAGAGGGACGUGCAGUUCUUCGACAUCGGGGACGCCAGCGGCUCGGAGGGCGCACCCGCACAUGAGGCGCUGGACUGCCUGGGCUCGAACCUUGGCGCGGCGGCGUCGCAGCUGGCGCUACCCCCCGUCGGGGCGGGCCCCGAGUUUAAGGAGAAGGACGAGUCCAUGAAGAUGGAGGCGGAGAAGGUCGUGGAGUCCCCGGCGAUGCAGCCUUUGCCGGCUGCCUCCCCCGAGGGCGUCGAGGGCAUGACGAUCCAGUUCGAGAGCAGCGACCUCGGUGGGCUGCUGGCGUCCCUGGAGGUGGGCUCCUUGGACAGCGGCUUUGCCAAUCAGGUCGAUGGCGACGACAUGGGCAGUUUCAAGUUCCCGUUGGGAGCGGGCUUUCACUGGCAACCGAAGGCGAAGCUGCCUUUGGACCCGGCAGGCACGGAGGCCAGGCUCGGCCUCGAGAACUACUGCUACACCAUUCGCAAUACCGUGCUGGAUGAGAAGAUGCAGGGUCUCAUCGAGUACGGCGACAAGGCGAAGAUCGAGAAGGCGAUGCAGGACGCCCUCCUCUGGCUGACCCGGCCAGACACCGCGGGCGCCUUCAGCUACGAGAACAAGCUGAAGGAGCUGGAGGGUUUCGUCGGCCCGAUCAUCACGACGGCCAUGGACAACUGGAAGCAGGCGCCGUCGGAGGUGCCGACGAACCAGGAGGACAUGGACAUGAGCCUUGGGAAGAGCGACACCGAGGCGAUGACCAUGAGCGGGGUCAAGGUCAAGGAGUCCUCCGAGGGCGAGCUCGAGGACAAAUUGCCGCCCGACGCUUUCGACGAGCUUAGUGCGUUCCUCGAGGCGGCGUCGGCGGCGUUAGAGCUGGCCCAUUAG